AUGCUCGCGCACCCAGCAGUCGUGACCACCGUGAAGCUGCUGGCGUCGGCUUCGGCCAUCUACAUGACCAUGAGUCCGCUCAAGGACAUGGAGAAGGUCCGCGCCAAGGUGCCCAUCGAAAGUCUGCCCAUCCUGUGCAUGUUUGCCAACGGCUGCAUCUGGACGCUCUACGGCGUGCUGGUGGCCAACUGGUUUCCGCUUGUCGUCACCAACGCCAUCAAUGCGCUGCUCGCCGUGUACUACCUUGCGAUCAUGUACACACACGGCGGGCCGCACCGGCGCGUGCUUGCGCAGAAGAUCGUGGGGACGCUCGCCGUCGUUGUCGGCGCGAUCGUCUACGCUGCGUAUGGCGCGUACGUUCUCCACAACCGGGACGUUGCGGGCCAUGUUGGCUACCUCGGGAUCGCCGUAUGCACGCUCAUGUUUGGCUCGCCGCUUGCGGCGGUUGGUACGGUCGUCAAGAAAAAGUCUGCGGCCGCGCUGCCGCUACGCCUCAUCCUCGCCGGCGUGCUCUGCGCGUCGCUCUGGUUUACGUUUGGACUCAUGAUCAGCGACCCGUUCGUGUAUGGCCCCAACGGCCUCAACCUUGGCCUCGGCCUCUUCCAGGUCUUCCUCUGCGUCUACUACCGGACGCCGCCGACUUACAAGGGCAUCGACACGACGACAGACGACGACGAUGACGACGACUUGGCGCUCGCCAAACUCAAUAUUGGUGUUCUCUAA